UCUACAUCACAACAUCGACAAAAGGAGCUAAUUGCCUUACCUAGAAAUCAAGCACACAAUCCAUGGUGCGGUAAGAGUCAUGGAGGGAAGGAAUGCUAUUAGCAGAUUGGGGCAUGUUUCAAGUGUGGGAAGAUUGGCAACUUGAUCAAGGAUUGCUCGAUUCUCAAGGGAGCAAGUUAGCAGCCAAAAGAGCAAGAUACUAAGAAACCAAGGGUCUAAGGAAAAGUUUUUGCUAUCACAAGACAAUAAGUUCAAAACAUUCUUACAGUUAUAACAGGUGCGGUAAGAAUCAUGGAGGGAAGGAAUGCUACUAGGAGACUGGGGCAUGUUUCAAGUGUGGGAAGAUUGGCAACUUGAUCAAGGAUUGCUCGAUUCUCAAGGGAGCAAGUUAGUAGCCGAAAGAGCAAGAUAAUAAGAAACCAAGGGUCUAAGGAAGAGUUUUUGCUAUCACAGAACAAUAAGCCCAAAACAUUCCU